AUGGAGGCGGAGGGCAGCGCUCCCCGGGCGGCGAUGGAUUCAGGCAACCCGUUGCUGAAGGCGGUGUUCCUCCGUCGCCUGCGCCUGACGCGGCUGCUCCUGGAGGGAGGGGCCUACGUCAAUGAGAGCGACGGCCAGGGCCGCACCCCCCUGAUGGUGGCCUGCACCACCCGGCACGCCGACGCCCAGAGCGCCGGCCGGGACAAGCUGGUCCAGUUCCUCCUGGAGAAAGGGGCGGACCCCGACAUCCAGGACAAGGAGGGCCGCUCGGCGCUCAUGCACGCCUGCCGCGAGCAGGCCGGCCCCGAGGUGGCGUCUCUGCUGCUGGCCAGCGGGGCGGACGUGGGCCUGGAGGACCGGUCCGGCACGUCGGCGCUGGUCUACGCGGUCAUGGCCGGCGACUGGAAGGUCCUGAAGCUGCUGCUCGACACGUGCAAGGCCAAAGGGAAGGAGGUGAUCAUCAUCGCCACCGACAAGUUCCCGUGCGGGGAGCUGCAGGCCGAGCGGUACCUCGGGCUGCCCCCCCUGGGGCCUCUGGACCGGACGGACAGGGCGGCGGCGUCGGCGGCGCCCGCGUCCCCCUCGGAGAUCCAGCUCAUCACCUCCCCCAGCAGCGCCUCCUCUUCCUUACACCCCCCGAAGACCGUCUUCUCCUUUAAGGAUGCCCAGUCCGGGGGCGUGAGCUCCCACCCGUGCUCCCCGUCCCGGUUCCAGCGGUUCGGCCAGGCGGCGCCGAACGGCCUGCAGCAGUCCCUCCUGAGGCUGAACUCAGAGCCCUGGCUGAAGGUCCCGGCGUCUCUGCUCCCCCAGCAGCCUCACGCCCGAGACCGAACCCGGGACCCCUCCCUCCGGACCCCCGAGCCGGACGGCUUCAAGUGGCACGAAGGCGGGGCGGCGACGGACGGCGGGGCGGAGGUGAGGAACAGAUGCGCCAAACACGCCGGGCCGAAGGUCUCCUUCCCGGGCCUCCUCUCGUCCCACUCCGCCUCUCACCCGAACCUCCACUCCGCAAACCUGGGGGCGGAUCCGCUCCCCUGCUCCUCCCCCUCCCCCGGCGGCAAACACCCCGGCACGGCGCUGCACGCCGCGGCCUCCUCCAGCCUCCGCAGCGUAAUCCAGCGGCGCCAGCUGGGCGACAUCUACAGCUCCGACCCGCAGCUCGCCAGAGACGUCCACAGUCUGCCCGAGGAGUCCCAGCGGGGAGUCAGCGGAGACCCGACGGAGGGCAAGAGGCUGGCCCCCCUGCGCUGCUCCAGCACGCUGGGCUCCCGGGAGGCCCCGGCGGCGGGCCCGGGCCGGCGGGUGCUGUCCGGGUACGAGCGCAGGGGGUCCGGGGCCUUCCUGUCGGACCACAGCUCCCAGGCCGCCAAGCCCAGGUGUCUGCCGCCGCUGGCCCUCGGCUGCGCCAGGAACCCCGUCCUCAACGCGUGCGGCGAGAAGGAGUCCGUGGCCAGGGGCCUCCUCCCCUCCGCUCCUCCUGGCCACCCCAAGGAGAUGACCAGGAGGAUGCUGCUGAGGAGACACUCGAUGCAGACGGAACAGUUCAACACCACGGCCCAGUAAGUCCAGCGGAUUCCAAGAGGGGGGACCAAAGAGGACGGAUGAAGAAGAGCGGGACCUUCCUCCGCUUCAGCGCGCGUCGUCGUCGUCGUCAUGUGGCAUCAGUGUGCAGCUUCGUGACCCAAAACACACUCGACAUGCAACCGUCUACCUGUGGUCAGGGUGUCGUUCCAGAGGACACCACCAGAUUCCAUCUGAAGAUGUUUGCAGCCGCUUUAAAUCCAACAUUCAAAGCCACCGAGGACCACAGCAACAACCGAGCCAUCACAAAGCUGCUUUUGAAACGUCUGCACGUGCUCUUUAAAUCCCUGUUUUCACGUUAGUUUGCUUAAAGCUGCAUUCUGUGUAGUGACCAGCAGGGGGCGACUCCUCUGCUCCCAUAGACGUCUAUGAGGAAAUGACUCUACUUCUGUGUAGUGACCAGCAGGGGGCGACUCCUCUGCUCCCAUAGACGUCUAUGAGGAAAUGACUCUACUUCUGUGUAGUGACCAGCAGGGGG